AUGGCGGGCUCCCUUGCAAGCAAAUUCCUGGCCGCGGUGGCUGUCUGCGGCACCGUUGUUGCCGCUGCUCCGACGAGCCAAGAUCAAUUCGUCCUCAGACCUGCUGCUGAUCUGACUCGCGUCCACGAAGAGCUGGACAAAGCCAAGGUCAUCCCUACCGUCUUGGACGACUUUGAGCCCAUCAUCGGCGUCGCGGCCGAGUGGUCCUCUUCCAAUGUCGCCGAUCUCGGGAACACCCUGAAGCCUGCCGAUCUCCAGUCGGCGCCUGUUGUUGCCAUUGUCAGCGGCUCGUCAAUGACCAGCGUCAUUGCCACGACAUACGUCCUGACCCUCACCGACCCGGACGCGCCCACUCGUAGCAACCCCAUCUGGUCCGAGUUCUGCCACUGGAUCGCUGUCAGCAGCUCCCCGACCAUCUCCUCCGGCAUCGAGCCGGCGGAUCUGGACGAGGUCAUCGAGUACAAGCCGCCAGGACCUCCGCCCAAGACUGGCAAGCACCGUUACGUCUUCACGGCCUGGGUGCCGGCCAACGGAACCAAGGAGAAGCUGGAACUCUCGAAGCCGGCGGAGCGCAAGCAUUGGGGAGGCCAGGAGGGGCGCGGGGUCCAGAAGUGGGCCAAGGAGAAUGGCCUCGUUGCUGUCGGUGCCAACUUCAUUUAUGCUCAAAACGAAAAGCAGUGA